AUGGUGAACACAUCUAAACGAAAAACUCAGGCAACCAUGGCUGCAAGAAGACGUUGGAAAUCUGAUACUCGUGUUGAUAAAAAAGAAAAUGAUUUUGAUGCAUCUAUUUUUAAUUUAUUUACACUAACAUAUUUUGGCAUUUCAUGGAGAACUAUAGAUGAUUUUCUUCAGCAAAUUGGUGGAACAACAUGUCGUACAGCACACAAAUGGGCUGAAACAUUUAUUGCUGAUGAUUUGAAUGAAUUCAAUGAAGAAUGUCGUGGUGGAAAACGUUUUGAUAGUUUUUUCGACAUAUUCCCAGAAUUAGAAAAUCAAAUGAAGUUAUUUAUAAUUCAAGGAUAUCAACGAAAAGAUGCAUCUUUUACUUCGUUGGAGAUGGCUCAAUAUCUAGAUCAACAAUACUACAAACUGACAGGACAGGUAAAAACAAGUGAUCAAUUAGUUCGCAGUGAACGAAUGUGUCGUCUUGAUUUACGUCGUUAUGGAUUCACAUUUGAUAAAAAUACACAGAGAUCAUAUUGGUCUGGCCAUGAACGACCAGAUGUUGUGGAAAAUAGAAAAGAAUUUGUUCAAGCAUUUUUAGAAAAUAAACAAAGUUAUUAUUUAGUUACAGAUGGUAUAAAUUCUCAAUGGAUAUUUCCAAAACAAGAUCCAGUUAUUCUGUUAUCACAUUCAUCAGCACGCGCAAGAACUAAUCAAGAGCUAUCAAAGAAACUAUUCAUAUAA